AUGGAAGUGGAUAACCCUAAUCUUGAUGAAGAUAAUGUAAUGAAUGACUCUGUUCACACUUCACCUCAGAAGAUUGUUGAUCAUAAGGAUGUUGGACCAGAUGUUGAAACAUCUUUGGACCAAUUAAACAGACAGGAUGAGAGUGUUGUUACCCCUGUCAGAGAUCAGUCAGGAUUUAGGAAUGCUUAUGAGAAAGAAAUCUCUUCUGAUGACACAGCUGUAAACUCUCUCUCUAAAAAAGAGAAACAAUCUAGAGAAGAAUUUGAUUCUAAAAAGGUCCAGUCUGAUGAAAAGGAAAAGGAUGUGGUAAAAGAAAUGGAUUCUUACAUCCCACUUGUGCAGAGUAUUAGUGAAGGUCCUGCCAAAAGAUUGAGAAAUAGAAAAGGAAAAGUUGUUCCUUUUGAUAAUGAGACUCCCAAGAAAAGUGAUGGCUUUGUGAAUGUUACUCCCAAAACUAGAACGAGGACUGCUGGUGCUGGACCUAAGAAAGGUUGGAGCAAGAUGAAGGUCAAGACUACUACAAGAAGAACAAGAAAGAGGAAGGUUGUCUCCUCUAGUGAAUCUGAUUAUGAUGUCGAGGAGGAUGUUCCAGACAUCAUCCCUUCUACCUUAAGGAAGUCUGCUGGAAAGAAGAUUGUGGCUAAUGUGCCUAUUGACAAGAGGCUGGAACUAGAAAGGGAGCUAGGUAAGGAGGCUCUUGAAAUUGACGAUGUAAGGGAACUUAUUAAGGAAGCAGGUCUCAUGAAGACAGUGUGCAAUCUUGGUGAUUUAUAUGAGAAGCUGGUCAAGGAAUUUUUCGUAAACAUUUCUAAUGAUUGUGAAAAUCCCAUUAGCAGAGAGUAUCAAAAAGUGUUUGUAAGAGGAGAAUGUGUCAACUUUUCUCCCAACGUUAUCAACAAAUUUCUUGGUGUUGAAGAGAUCAACAUUCCUAAGCUAGAAGUAACUGAUAAUCAAGUAUGUAAGGAGGUCACUGCGAAUCAGAUCAAGGUGUGUCCCAAGAAGAAAAAGAUUUCGUCUAGAAAAUUGUCUGUAAAGUAUGCUAUUUUAAACAGGAUUGCUGCUGUAAACUGGGUUCCUACCACCCAUUCUUCUGAUGUUGCCACUAGAUUAGGUAAGUUUAUAUAUGAUGUAGGGUCCAAGUCAAAGAUGGAUUUUAGUGUCUACAUUUUUUACCAAACCAAGAAGCAUGCCAAAAUUGAUGCUAUUAGAUUUCCUAUAGCCUUUCCUACUUUGUUGUGUAGCGUUAUUCUGGAUCAACAUCCUAACAUUAUAAUUGCAAGUGAUGUCCGAGAAAAGAGGGAACCUCCUCUCUCCUUGCACUCCAAAUUGUUUAGUGCUGAUCAUGUCCCAGACCAUGCUAGAACAUCUAGAGCUGCUCCUGCUGCAAGAAUGAUGACAAACAGAAGGUUGUGUCUACUCUCAAGGACACUUGUAUUAUGCUGGAUGAAAGGAAAGCUCAAUUUGAGCUAA